UAUUACUAUUUCUAUGCAGACAUGCCAAAUAGUUUGAACUGCAUUCAUCAACUGAAAUCCCUGCAGUUAGCAGAAGGAGUGGACCCCAGACUUCAGAUUGAAAGGUUUCGCUACACCUACGAGAAUCUGGUCAACCACGUUGGUUUUACGGUCCGUGAUCACAGCACCCUCAAGGUUUUGCCAUACGAUGACUGCGCAACUACGCACUUUCAAAUAUUAUUUGAUGCCGUCCGUGAACAGGUUAUGGAUCACAAAGACUCCGACUUGAAGGAAAAUAAGCAAAUGCAAGAAACCAGCCUAAAAGCAACAAGCAGCAGAGGUGAAAAGUCAGCUGAAAACGAGGACGUUCUUGUAUUGUGCACUGAUCAUCACGAUGAUAUAGAAAUCGCAAAUCAAAUUCGUGGAUACUUGGAGAGCCGAAACAUCAGAGUGGAAUUUCAGGCUGCUAAUAAGUCGAACUUGAUAAGCAAAACGUACAAUUGGUACGUGUUUGUGUUUUCCGAGGAUGCAUUACACGACGACCUUCUAAAGUUCAAUUGCCUGUCUGCUCUAAACAGCAGCGUUUCUGACAACGUUGUUAAGGUGCUCCCUGUCUUGCAUAAUGUCGACGUGAACAAAGUGCCCAGUUUUAUUCGUUGGGUCACUGUUUUAACAACAUCUGACGACCGUGAAAAAUACUGCAACAACAUUUACCAAACCGUUACAGGUGGUGUAGUUCAAAUGGAGGAGCGGAUGCCGUGUGGUGAUGUGGCAACGGGGCUGUGCUGGGCCUACAUUAUCAACUACCUGAGACAUACACUCUACAACAAGGAUUUUAAAGGCAGAAUUCAGAGGUUUCUUGAAGAGAAAAACAUGAAUUGCGGCUUUUUGACGAAGAUGUACAUCUGGUGGCCAAGGUCGUGUAAAGCUGCUGACUCGGUCGUAGAUGGGGCAAACAUAGGUGCUGGGGAAGGCAGCCAGGCUCCGGUAAAAAAGAUUGAUAGUCUACCGGAAGUGAUUGUGGACCAGGGAGCCCAGCAGAAAAAGCCGUUCAUCUUGAACGUUUUUCAGUACACGCGGCCAGCGGACGGAAAGAUAUUUUGCUUCGUCUGUGAGUACUGCGCAGCAAUGGGAUGCUUGUACCAAAUGGCGAAGAAUUUCGCAUUUGCUGGAAUCUCUACGGAGGAAAUGUACCGACAGGGAAAGGUGUUUGUCGACAAGUUUGUGGAAAUAUCUUCCCGACAAGCUGUGAAGGACCAAUUUGGUGACUUCAAUGAGUGUGCCAAAGUUGUGUAUUACGAUGAUAGUAAAACCAACCUUCUGGCAGCUAUAGAGAAUGAAAUACGCCAAGCAGAAGUGGACGGUUCUGUACUCUACUGACACCACAGCUGAAGAAGACUGCCAGUGUAUAUUACUACGAAACAAAUGUAACCGAAAAUAAAUGCACAUAUGACUUUAAAUACUCUGGAAACACGCUAAAAAGGAAAUUGUGCAGGUCCCGCAUUGCGACAUCUACUAGGGGUAGUUCAUGUACUGUGACACAAAUUUUAUAAAACAUGUAGCAGAAACCAUUUUAUCCUGUCACCUGCAUACAAAUCGGUCCAAUAACAAGGUGCCGUGUAAACUUUAGUUUAUUAGGAUAGUAGACCACGUGAUGUUUAUCUACAGUCAGGUGGUCAUGUGACCGCGAAAACGAACUUCUUUUAUAUAUUCUGCAAUGUCAGAAGAAAAGCAGAACUGCCGUUUCAGUAUCUUAUCAAUGGACCACUAACAGCCGACCUCAGCAAUCACUCGCCCAUAAAGUGCCAUCAUUAUGCAAAAUAAUGACACUGGCAAAACAAUCGACCUGAAAUCUUCAUGAGAUGUGAAAAUCUUACCCCACCCGCAAAUGCUGGAAACUGUGAAACAGCAUUCAACGAUACUCGUCGAUAGUUUAUUCCAUUUCUGUGGUGAAUGACAAAAUCUCACUUACAACAGAAAUGAAUGAUUUCUUUGCCGGUGCAGUUAUGAUCAUUCAACACUAUCAACAUCAUUUAAAUCCAUUUAAUAUGUUGCGAUUGUUUGUAAACACUCGUGAUCUUGAAUUUUGACCUGUGUACUGUACUCUGACUUGCGGAAUAAUUGUUACAUCAUCAGAUAAUGUUCAGAGACUGAUCCAUGCUUAUGCACGUUUAAAAGUAUUUUUAUGUUUUGAAUUGAUAUUGACGUAUUAAAAUGCAAUGACUUUGAAUAUAAACGUACUAAAAAAGUUGAACAGUUUUACGAACUAUUUUGGGGGCGAUUUAAACAUGGAUACCGAGUGUGAUGACGUCAACAGGGAAAAACAGUUGUCCCCCUUACUUUUAAAGAUUCUUAUUAAUUUUAAGGUUUUAUAGUGUUUAA